AGUCAAGGAAAUGAAUUUAAAAGGAAUAUCCGAGAGAAGGGAUGUCAAGUCAUUUUUACUCUAAUACCGGAGGACAGUAGAAAACAGUAAAUUAUUCAAAGGUUGUCUACAUUAGAGCUUUUAACAGACUCACUGCGCUGAGUCUAAUACUACGACUGAAUGCAACCUCCAACGUCCUCAAAAGAAUGGGCUUACAUUUCAAGUGGCCAUUAGGGGCUCCUAUGCUGGCAGCAAUAUAUGCAAUGAGCGUUGUUUUUAAAAUGCUGCCUGCCUUGGGCACGGCUUGUCCGCCAAAAUGCCGUUGCGAGAAGCUGCUCUUUUACUGUGACUCUCAGGGGUUUCACUCAGUGCCAAACACCACUGACAAGGGCUGUUUAGGGUUGUCACUGAGGCACAAUUUCAUUACGGAACUCGAAGGGGAUCAGUUUGCAAGCUUCAGUCAACUCACUUGGCUCCAUUUAGAUCAUAAUCAAAUUGACACAGUAAGAGAAGAUGCUUUUCAAGGACUGUAUAAACUCAAGGAGUUGAUUUUGAGUUCAAACAAAAUCUCUUAUUUGCCAAAUGCAACUUUUACCCAACUGCUUAACCUGCAACAUUUGGACCUCUCUUUCAAUCAGUUGUCCGCUUUGCACCCCGAGCUGUUCUAUGGCCUUCGCAAACUGCAAACCUUGAGUUUACGUUCCAAUUCCCUGAGGACUAUGCCGGUCCGCCUCUUUUCAGACUGCCGUAGUUUGGAUUUUUUGGAUCUGAGCACAAAUCGCUUGCGAAGUUUGGCACGCAAUGGAUUUGCAGGAUUAAUCAAACUGAGGGAGCUUCACCUAGAGCACAACCAGCUGACAAAGAUUAACUUUGCUCAUUUCCUACGGCUAAGCAAUCUGCACAUGCUCUUCUUGCAGGGGAAUAAAAUUAGCAACUUGACAUGCGGGAUGGAAUGGACCUGGGGCACCUUAGAGAAGCUAGACUUGACUGGAAAUGAGAUCAAAGCCAUUGACAUGACCGUUUUUGAAACCAUGCCUAACCUUAAAGUACUUCUAAUGGAUAACAACAAGCUAACCACCCUGGACUCCAAGGUUUUAUAUUCACUUACAGACUUAUCUACCGUGGGCCUCUCCAACAACCCCUGGGAAUGCAGCCCCAAAAUAUGUUCGUUAGCCACGUGGCUCAGUGGCUUCCGAGGUCGGUGGGAGCACUCCAUACUUUGUCAUAGUCCAAACCAUACCCAGGGAGAGGAUAUUCUAGAUGCAGUUUAUGGUUUUCAGCUUUGCUGGAAUUUAUCAAGUGUUGUUACGCCAGCUGCUACAAGUUACCGAGCUCCAACGACUGAAUACACAAAAAGAAUAAGCUCCUCAAAUUUCCAUGUGGGAGACAAGGAAAUUUCAACUACCACAGGCGUAGCCCUGACCACAGAAGAGCAGCUACCUGAACCAAACAAUGCCAUCUUCACCCAGCAGGUAAUUACAGGAACAAUGGCUUUAUUAUUUUCUUUCUUUUUUAUCAUUUUUGUAGUGUUCAUCUCCAGGAAAUGCUGCCCUCCCACAUUAAGAAAAAUUAGGCAGUGCUCAAUGAUUCAAAGCCACAGGCAACUGCGAUCUCAAACACGACUUCAUAUGUCAAACAUGUCAGACCAAGGACCGUAUAAUGAGUAUGAACCCACCCAUGAAGGACCCUUCAUCAUCAUUAAUGGCUAUGGACAGUGCAAAUGUCAGCAGCUACCAUAUAAAGAAUGUGAAGUGUAAUAGCUACAGGUAAUGAAAAAAACCAGAUGCUUAAUU